CAUGAAGGCAGUGUUUGCAGUACUGAGUGUGCUCCUACUGGUGGCCGCCGUCCUCGCCAGCCCCGAGCCCAAGGCUGAGCCCGGGUACGGCGGCUACGGCAGCUAUGGUGGUGGACGUGGUGGCGGCUACGGAGGCUAUGGCGGCUACGGUGGCUAUGGGGGCUAUGGUAGUGGACGUGGUGGCGUCUACGGCGGCUAUGGCGGCUACGAUGGCUAUGGCGGCUAUGGUGGUGGACGUGGCGGCUAUGGUAGCUAUGGUGGUGGACGUGGUGGCGGCUACGGCGGAUAUGGCGGCUAUGGUGGCUAUGGCGGCUAUGGUGGUGGACAUGGCGGCUACGGCUACGGACGCUAAGAAUAAUCAAAGACGGCGCUCCACUUGUUGGGUGGAGUGCAUGGCAGGGAGCGGCGCCGAAGGGGAGUAGGAGGGGAGAAAAAAACACCUACCCCCCACAUAUGCCUCUUCACCCCAGCUCUCUCGCCCCAAACCACUAAACAACACAGUCUCCCCAGAAAUUCUUCUUUGGAACCAUUUUUGUUAACUCGAUUUCUUAAUAAUAAA